AUGGCACUUUCGGUUUCUCGGGCUAUGUCGAAGGGCGUAGUGAUGACAGUGCCUGUUCUGAUUCUCACUGUUUCGGCGGCUGCUGUUUUUCUGUUCUUCUUGUUGUCCUCUCUCUCUUCUUGCUCAUGCCCUUCACAACCUUCAGCCACCCCUGUCAACAAUGCGAUGAACUCUGAUGUUGGUUUGUCCGAGUCUAGUAGUGGUAAGGGUUUGUUAGCAACAAGGAAGGAGGAUGUUCAGUGGGUGAAAGAUCAAAUACAAGCUAAUGGACUUCAUAUGCAAGAAAAUGUGCUGCGCAAGGGUAUUAAUCCUCGCACUAGGGUUCAACAACUCGAGGAUCUUAGACAAUUUAAGGGCAUAUCGCACUACGAGGGCCCUGACUCAAACAAUCACACAGCCUUUCCAUGCCCCGGGGAACUUCUAGUUGAACAGCACCAUAGUAACUACGGUGAACCAUGGGCAGGUGGAAGGGAUGUGUUUGAGUUUCUUGCUCAAACCAUUCAGCUCAGACCAGACUCACAGGUGCUGGAGAUAGGCUGUGGCACACUUCGAGUUGGUUUGCAUUUCAUUCGAUAUCUAAAUCCCGAACACUUUCAUUGUCUUGAGAGGGACGAGCUCUCUCUGAUGGCUGCAUUUAGGUACGAGCUUCCCGCGCAAGGCCUCUUACACAAACGACCGUUGAUAGUUAAGGGAGAAGACAUGGAUUUCAGUAAGUUCGGUUCCGGCAUAACGUAUGAUUUGAUUUACGCUAGUGCUGUGUUUCUUCACAUGCCUGAUAAACUCGUAUGGGUUGGAAUGGAAAGAUUAGCAUCUAAAUUGAAACCCUUCGAUGGACGAAUCUUUGUAUCACAUAAUAUAAAGUUCUGUUCAAGGAUGGGAGGAGACGAAUGCACCAAGAGGCUUACGAGUUUAGGACUCGAGUAUCUUGGGAAACAUACACAUGACAGUCUUUUAUUUAAUCACUAUGAGAUAUGGUUUGAAUUUAGACGGUCGAAAAUUUAA